UCCGUCAUGGCCAAAAAGGAAUUCCAGCUCAUCCAUAUUUUCAAGAAUGUAUCGAAAUUGGAAGAUGGUGGAGUUCUUCUCAGUCCCAUCGAAGAGCAUUUUAAUAUUCCAUGGCAAAUUAGAAUUAGCCGCCAAGAAGGACACAUGGGUGCACAUAUUCUCUGUCUGAAGACAAAGGAUAACAAUGCACCCUGGGAAGUUAACUCCGAAGCCCAGUUGAAACUCGUCACUUCAUCUGGAAAAAGUACCACAUUUGACGGCAUUAAACUUUGGUCAGAUGACCAUGGAAGUGGAAAAGCUGCCCCUGGAGCACCAUACUCUUAAGCAACACAUAAACAUAGGAA